GUGUUGUCUUGUCAGCUUUGUGUACAUUGGAGAUCGGCGCUUCCCUGUGCUUGCCGUGGUAUCGUCGUUCCCGUUUCUAAAGAUAUAAUGGCUGCUGAAAGGUCUGGAAUUGCCAAAGAUGUUACAGAAUUGAUUGGUAAAACUCCAUUAGUAUAUCUAAACAAACUUGCGGAUGGCUGCGUUGCCCGUGUUGCUGCCAAACUCGAGUUGAUGGAGCCAUGCUCUAGUGUAAAGGACAGGAUUGGGUAUAGUAUGAUUGCGGACGCAGAAGAGAAGGGGCUAAUCACACCUGGAAAGAGUGUCCUCAUUGAACCAACAAGUGGUAAUACUGGCAUUGGAUUAGCCUUCAUGGCAGCUGCCAGGGGUUACAAGCUCAUAAUUACAAUGCCUGCUUCUAUGAGUCUCGAAAGAAGAAUCAUUCUAUUAGCCUUUGGAGCUGAGUUGGUUCUCACAGACCCAGCAAAGGGAAUGAAAGGAGCUGUGCAGAAGGCUGAAGAGAUAUUGGCUAAGACGCCCAAUGCCUACAUACUUCAGCAAUUUGAAAACCCUGCCAAUCCGAAGAUACAUUAUGAGACCACUGGUCCUGAGAUUUGGAAAGGCACAGAUGGCAAAAUUGAUGCUUUUGUUUCUGGGAUCGGUACUGGUGGUACAAUAACAGGGGCUGGAAAAUAUCUUAAAGAGCAGAAUUCAAACGUAAAGCUUAUUGGUGUGGAACCAGUGGAAAGUCCAGUGCUCUCAGGAGGAAAACCAGGUCCACACAAGAUUCAAGGGAUUGGUGCUGGUUUUAUCCCUGGUGUCUUAGAAGUCAAUCUUCUUGAUGAAGUUGUUCAAAUUUCAAGUGACGAAGCAAUAGAUACUGCGAAACUUCUUGCCCUUAAAGAAGGCCUAUUUGUGGGGAUAUCUUCUGGAGCUGCAGCUGCUGCUGCCAUUAAGAUAGCAAAAAGGCCAGAAAAUGCUGGCAAGCUUAUUGUUGCUGUUUUUCCCAGCUUCGGAGAGAGGUACCUGUCAUCCGUGCUAUUCGAGUCAGUGAGACGCGAAGCUGAAAACAUGACUUUUGAGACCUGAAUUCCGGUUCAGGCUUUCACCUGCUUUUGAAUUUUCUUGUAAACCUUAUGCAGGCUUUAACGUGGAUUGUUAGAGUACUGUUUGCGUUUCUAAAGUUAAACAAAACUUGCUCCAAAAGGCUAAAAAUAAUGUAUCAAAAGAAGAGGGAAUAAAGUUGGCCUAGGUAAUGUUU